AUGUCUGGAAUCGAGGUUGCCGGUCUCGUUUUCGGCCUGGUCCCAAUAAUCUGUCAAAUUCUCGAGUCGUACAGACAAGUCAACGAGCGGAUAACAACCUUCAGACGGUACCAUAAGGCUGCUGCUGACAUUACACUUGAUUUUCAGCUGGAGGAACGCGCGUUCCGCAGCGAAUGCAAGCAUGUGCUUUCGGCAAUUGGUUUGGAUCAGCAAGAGCUUGCGGAUAUGUUGCAACACAUUGGCGCCAACCAGUGGCAAGAUCGGGACAUCGAACAUCGAUUGAACGAUCUGUUAGGCGCUGAAACUACCGUCUACGAGGAGCUCGUCCUUAAAAUCCGCGAGCAGCUGCGCGAAAUAACCAGGGAUCUUGCGGCUCUCAGCUCUAUUGCGACCCCCGGUUCUUCUGAAGGCUCGUUCCGCCAGUUAUGCCACGCUUUCAAUGUCUCGGCAAAGGAAAACCGUUAUCGAAGGGCAAUCAAGAGUCUACAAAUCCUCAAUGCCAAGUUCCGACGUCUACGAAAACAAAUAUGCUCCCACGAAGACCGUAGUCCCUUCUUUUCAUACACAAAUAUCCUGAAGUCCGUCCCACAGAACUAUUAUACGAUCCGUCAAGCUUCAAAGAUGCUCCACCUGUCAAUGGGAGAUGCAUGGUCGUGCUUGAAUAGCUCCCAUGACGCCCAUCUGGCCAAACUGUGUCUCAAUUCAACCGUGGACCAUAACCAGGUUAGACUGGAUAUGGCUAUUUCUUGCAGAAAGAUAGCAGAACCUCAACUCAAGUACGUCACUCGCUCAGUUCCAGGACCGCCGAUCUGGGUUUACGUACAGUCUGUAGCAGGAAAUAUCUCGAUACCGAGAUCAUCGUCUCCACACACACCACUCGUUACGACACUGAUAUCCUCUGUCCAAAUCGGAUCCACAGAACAACCACCACCAUCGCCUCAAAGACAGCCUGUAGGCUCAGCAUUUUCAGGGGGUAUAAAACGUUGCAAAAAAAGAGUCCGGUUCGAUAGUAAAGCUUUCAACGACAAUGAAAACUUUACUCCCGAACCGAAAGAGAAGAAGCUUACUACCCCUAAGCCUGGAUCUACUGAGCAAUGCUAUGCGAUGCUCAACCUUCGGAACACAAAAAGCUUCUGUUGUCACCUUAAUCAAUCAUGUGCAUCCCCGGGUGGUUGCAAGCUCACUUGUUUAGGUUUCCUAGAAAGCGGAAACGCAUGCAAGUUUGUCUUCUAUGAUUCCGGGAAGGGUGUCACUGCCGGCAAAAGCCAGCAUAAAGAGAUGUUACCACUGAAUACCACACUAAGCGCACUCUCCCCACUUCAACGGCUUACACUCGCUCAUAAACUGGCUUCUACGGUGCUACAAUACCACUCGACUCCGUGGCUAUCCGACCACUGGAAACUUCAGGAUCUUACUUUCUUUGGCGAUAAGACAGGGCACACUCCGGAGUCGUUAGCGGAAGACUUACAGACGCUUCAUCUUACCUCCCAAUUUUCAACAAAAUCGGAUACAGCCAUUGGUAACCGCAUUGAAGAGCCUGGUUCCGUCGACUCGGCAGAAACAACACGAAACAUUGCUAUUGAAAAAACAUAUCGUUAUACUUAUAACAUCAAAAACAUGACCCUCGCAAAGCUAGGCCUAGCGCUCCUUGAGAUAGGUCACAAAAAAGACAUUGAAAAAUUCGACCUCGGCCAACAACAACACGAUGUGAUUAGUGCGCGCAUCCUUGCGGAUUCACCACAUACCGACUUUGGCCCACGAUACCAGCGGAUAGUUCGGAAAUGUCUCGACUGCAAUUUCGCUACUGGGGAUGAUUUAGCCGACAAGAGCUUACGGGAUGCUGUUUACAGCCAUGUAGUGUGUGAGCUUGAGGAAAUGAUAGAGGCUCAUAAAAACUGGCAAAAAGCAACUCAGUAG